AUGCACUGCUCUCCACCGCACUUAUCGUGCACUUCUCUGUUCCAAUCGUUUAUCGUAUUCUUGUCGGCUACUGGCUGCUGCUUCGCCGCCGAUCCUUACGUCUUCUUCGAUUGGACUGUCUCUUACCUCACCGCUUCUCCUCUCGGCACUCGCCAACAGGUUAUUGGGAUAAACGGGCAAUUCCCAGGCCCUAUUCUCAAUGUAACUACGAAUUGGAAUGUUGUUAUGAACGUGAAGAACAAUCUCGAUGAGCCAUUGCUUCUCAGUUGGAAUGGAAUCCAACAUAGGAAAAACUCGUGGCAAGAUGGUGUUUUGGGAACUAACUGUCCGAUUCCUCCCGGUUGGAAUUGGACUUAUGAGUUUCAAGUCAAAGACCAAAUCGGAAGUUUCUUUUAUUUCCCUUCUACAAACUUUCAGAGAGCUGCUGGUGGCUAUGGAGGGAUCAUUAUCAACAAUCGAGACAUCAUUCCACUUCCAUUCCCUUUGCCUGAUGGUGGAGAUGUUACACUCUUUAUCAGUGAUUGGUUCACUAAAAGCCAUAAGAAGCUGAGGAAGGACGUUGAGAGUAAGAUUGACUUUGGAGCUCCGGAUGGCAUUGUCAUCAAUGGGUUAGGACCUUUUCCUUACAGCCCCGAGCUCGCUUCGGAUAACAUUCCUUUUGGGACGAUAAACGUUGAACCAGGAAGGACAUACCGUUUCCGUGUGCAUAACAGUGGCAUAGCAACCAGCUUGAAUUUCAGAAUACAGAAUCAUAACCUGCUUCUUGUUGAGACAGAAGGUUCAUACACAGUUCAGCAGAAUUACACGAAUAUGGACAUUCAUGUGGGUCAAUCUUUCUCGUUUCUCGUCACGAUGGAUCAAUCCGGUAGUAAUGACUACUACAUUGUUGCCAGCACAAGAUUUGCUAAACCAUCUUCCCCCGGAAAAGCUAUCGGAGUCGCGAUCUUGCGCUACUCGAAUUCCCAAGGACCAGCUUCAGGUCCACUCCCUGAUCCUCCUAAUGAGUUGGACACGUUUUUCUCAAUGAACCAAGCACGAUCCAUAAGGUUGAAUGUCUCAGCUGGAGCUGCCAGACCGAACCCUCAGGGAUCUUUCAAAUAUGGACAAAUUACAGUAACUGAUGUGUACGUGAUUGUUAACCGACCACCGGAGCUGAUAGAGGGGAGAUUGCGUACUACUCUUAAUGGGAUAUCGUACUUUCCUCCUUCAACACCACUAAAGCUUGCUCAGCAUUACAACAUCUCAGGGGUGUACAAGUUGGAUUUCCCGAAAAGACCGAUGAAUAGGCAUCCCAAAGUUGAUACCUCUGUCAUAAACGGGACUUUCAAGGGAUUCAUGGAGAUCAUAUUUCAGAAUAGUGAGACGUCGGUUAAGAGCUAUCACUUGGAUGGUUAUGCGUUUUUUGUUGUCGGGAUGGACUUUGGUUUGUGGACAGAGAAUAGCAGAAGCACAUACAACAAAGGGGACGGUGUUGCUCGAUCCACUACGCAGGUGUUUCCUGGUGCAUGGACGGCCAUUUUAGUAUAUUUGGACAAUGCUGGCAUGUGGAACCUUCGGAUAGACAAUCUUGCUUCAUGGUACCUGGGCCAAGAAGCGUACUUGAAUGUGGUUAACCCCGAGAUUGACUCAUCGGAGAAUACCAUUCCUGAAAACGCCAUAUACUGUGGCCGGCUCUCACCGUUACAAAAGGAUCAGGCAGAGAGGGUACACUUCUCGGGAUCACAGCGAUCAAUCUUGGUGACAAGCAGAGGGAUUCUCCUCGCUGUUUUUUCACCCAGUUUUUUAGCAUCCCAGAGCUCUCCAUUUUCAUCUCCCGCCCAAACCCGGAGGAUCCGACAUGGAGCUUCUCGAUCACUUCGUGUCACUGCUUCUCGCAGCUCCUUCGAUGUCGUUGUCGUUGGUGGUGGGAUCAUCGGGUUGACCAUAGCCCGCCAGUUUCUUACCGGGUCGGAUCUAUCAGUAGCCGUUGUCGAUAAAGCCGUCCCUUGCUCCGGCGCCACCGGUGCCGGGCAGGGAUAUAUAUGGAUGACACAUAAGAAACCAGGCAGUGAUAUAUGGGACUUGGCCAUGAGGAGCCACCAACUCUGGCAUAAUCUUGCAGAGAGCUUAAACGAUGAAGGUCUUGAUCCUCAAGAGCUGCUCGGUUGGAAAAAGACAGGAAGCUUGAUGAUUGGAAAGACCUCUCAGGAAUGUGCUACUCUUAAACAAAAGGUUCAUGAGCUAUCUGAAGCUGGUCUGAGAACUGAGUAUUUGUCUAGCGCUGAUUUGUUUCGAAAGGAGCCUGCAAUCCUUGUGGAUGAUCAUACUGGGGCUGCAUUUCUUCCCGAUGACUCGCAGUUGGAUGCUCAUCGUGCGGUUGCUUAUAUCGAGAAGGGUAACAGAGAGUUUGCAAGAGAAGGAAGAUAUGCAGAGUUCUAUCAUGAACCAGUUACAGGUUUAAUCAGGUCUGAUGGAGGUAGCAAGGAGGUUACAGGUGUUCAGACUUCGAAACGAAACUUGUAUGGUAAGAAGGCAACUAUAGUAGCUGCUGGUUGCUGGAGUGGAUCUCUCAUGCAUGAAUUGCUCAAAGACUGCAACAUAUCAAUGGACGUUCCUGUGAAGCCAAGAAAGGGACAUCUGCUUGUGGUUGAGAAUUUCGAUUCAUUCCAUUUAAAUCAUGGAAUAAUGGAGGCUGGUUACGCAGAUCAUCAAAGUGCUUCAUCUCCAGGACUGGAUGUGGAGGAACGGAUGCUAUCUAUUUCCAUGACAGCCACAAUCGAUGCAACAGGGAACCUUGUUCUCGGAAGCAGCCGUGAGUUUGUCGGAUUCGACACUGAAGCUGACGAGACUAUCAUCCGCUGCAUAUGGGAGCGUGCUGCAGAAUUCUUCCCUAAGUUACGAGAUAUUUCCCUUGAAAGUUUCAUUCGUAACAGGAAAGUGAGAGUCGGAUUGCGGCCUUACAUGCCUGAUGGGAAGCCAGUGAUAGGAUCCGUGCCUGGAUUACAAAACCUUUACUUGGCAGCUGGGCAUGAAGGAGGUGGACUUUCCAUGGCUCUAGGAACAGCGGAAAUGGUAUCGGACAUGGUACUGGAGAAACCAUCACAGGUAGAUAGUUCAGCGUUUGGAGUUAAAGGACGUUGUUGCUGA